AUGACCUGUUUAUUUUGGUUCGAGUCUAUUGACGAGCUGAAGAAAGCUGAAUCAAUUCGAUCACGACAACCCAACGCAUCAAUCCAGCGACUCCCCGCCUUGGCAAAGCCUCAUGAACAGUUUCGAAAAUGGGUAUACAAUGUUCUGUCAACGACCCAAGUCACCCAGAAUGUCAUCUUAUUGGCCCUGUUGUUCAUAUAUCGUUUGAAGAUGUCGACACCGCAGAUAAAGGGACGUGCUGGUAGCGAAUAUCGACUUUUGACGGUGGCGUUGAUGCUUGGGAACAAAUCGAAAGCUAAUUGUUGUUUAUCGGUAGUUCUGGACGAUAACACAUAUACCAACAAAACCUGGGCGGAGGUAUCUUGUUUCGCUGUCCAGGAAAUUCAUGUGAUGGAAGUAGAGUUCCUCAGCAACAUGCGAUAUAACUUGUUGGCUUCAAAAGAGGAAUGGGAGCAGUGGAUUGUGAAACUAUCCUGUUUCCAUGAUUAUUAUGAGCGAGCUUCCAAUCUUCCAGUAUCUCCCGUUCAUAUCCCUUCUCCUAGUCACAAAGCGCUAUAUUCGCCCCUUCCGUCACCAACUGGAACUGGAAUCCCGCCAUUCACGCCUUCGACCAAGUUUAAUCUCUCACCGAGUUCGAGACAUUGUCAAAAUGUGUCGGCUUACCAGUCCAAUGCUACAUCCCCACUGGCAUCGAAAAUUUCGAUCCCUAUACCAUCCUCUCGCAAACGAAGUCCCGACGAGGAUCUAACGGAGCAUCCUGCUAAACGAAUGGUGCAUUCAGCCGCUGCACAAAUUGUCCAAGGAGCCUCCAGUACACGACUGAAUGGACAUGUUGACAGUACCAGAUUACCAGUUCCUCACCUAACUGUGGUGACGAGUCAUAGCCCCGAUCAGUUCGCAACGGGCCAAAAUUUUUCCUCUCAAGGCUCGGUUCCAUCUGCAUCUCAACAGGUGGUAUCUCUACCUCCUCUUCAAUCGGGUGUUCGAGCAAUGUCAACUGUCUAUCAGACUGGUACGCCGUCUGCCGUGGCCUUGCAACCGCAAUCCGUGUCAGCUUCUUCUUCAUCCGCAAUAACCGGAUCUACCUAUCCAAUUACAGGCUUGCCGAUACACCCACAGGUGCCCUAUGGUACUCCGACGAAGCACCACAGCCCUAGAAAUAUGGCGCCUGCCUAUGGUUCCUCACCACUGGUGGAAGCUUUCGGGCCUGGAUCCGCGGUUCACACGCCUAUCGCUCAUACUCCGAUAUCGAAUUCGCCAAGUGUGUAUUUGCAGCACCGGGCUAGCCCGUACAAGCCCAUCCGGCACGUCAACAGGCUUCUUUGUCCGCCACCAUCGGCGUCUCUUGACCAGUAUCAUCUUUCGGUUCCAGUCCAGCCGAAUCAGAUGCACUAUCAGCCACUAGGUCGGCGACACGAUCUACGAACCGGCAUCGUACCUGAAUUUUUGGUCUACAAUCGAGGUCAGCAACAGCAUCUUAUACCACACGGUCCGCACCAGGGCCACUUUACGUCCUAA